UCCUGGAACCCUGACGAACGACCUGCCGUUUAAAAGAAUGCUAAAUAAGAAAGGGGAACUUUUCCCGCAACUUUUUCCGGUCCCCACCAAGAUUCAAAUGGCGAUCUACAAUUCCAACAUCUCCACCGUCACACCAUCAUGAACAAUGACCGGUAACCCUUUCACCUUCACCACCUCUCUCUCUCUCUCUCUCUCUCUCUCUGCCCCAGGCAAGAGGAAAAGCUCUAUCGACCCUGACAUCAUUUUGCUGUCAAGUUGAACGACUAGAGUUUUAGCAUAAAAAAACUGAUUUUGUGCUGUCAAGUUGCUUAUCUCACAGUGAUCACAUGCAAUCCCAGUUGGAAAGACUUCUUCUUCUUCUUCUUUUCCUCAAUACUAGCCGGCAUGUGCAGAUAUUAGAUUGUAUGCAGAUAUAGGUAAGAUCGAUCACCAAAAUCAACAAAUUAGAUAAGGCUUCUAGCUUUAGAAUUUUAUAUAAAUUGUCUAUAUGUGGGCAAAACUCUGGGCAUUGCAAUGGCGCUUGGCCAUAUGUUAGAUUAAAAGUUUCAUCUAAUUGCUAGACUGGGUCAAACACCAAGUGACUUUUGUCUUCAUUAUUUUCAUCUACUGCUCUAUGAUAUCAUCACCUUGCAGCCAAAACUGAAGAUAUUGAAUAGCGAAAGCCUGCAGUGGCUUAGUCAAGCUGUAUUUCGUUUGACGAUGAUAUAUAUAUAUAUAUACACACACAAUACUUAAGAUAAGAGCCAAAUAGCAUUAGCCAAAGGAAAAUGGACAGAGAACUCUUAGCUGUCCACCUUAAAUCUUCCAGAAGACAUUGUUACUAGGCCGACAGGUCUACAUUGUUAAAUGUCUAUUAUUGUCUUCAAUUUACUAUUUAUAAUGGUCAUAUGCAAUUUAUAUUGUCUCCUUGCGUGAUCUUUGUUUAUAUCAGUUACCACCCUUGUUUUGUAGUACUUGUACCAAUCUUCUUGGUUGAACUUCUCUAGAAUGUUUUGGGUGAAAAAUUCUCUGUGCAUGGCGUCAUCUUGAUUUUGGCCUUUUAAACACAUUAGUGUGAAUUUAGUUGCGGGUUAUAUCCAAAUGGCCUUCAAACUACUGAAAUAUUGCUGGCACAGUUUAGCUGCUUCUAUUACAUCACUAAAAUAAUCUUGUUAACUUGCUCAUUUACAUCUAAAAGUUUUGAACAGAGAUGUGUGCCUGGUAAAAAAACCAAACCGUGGGCUAGUUUCUGAUUUGAGAUGGCAAAUGCCAUUUUUCCUUUGGAGGAGUACAAUUUUGGUGGAAUUUGGGAUGAUUUGACUUCCACAAGUAAAAGUCCCAAGAAUCUGGAUGGAGUAAAUAUGGGGAAAAUUGGUAGACUUUUUGGAUCUGAGAACUGGGGAGAUGAUGGAGGUACUGAUUAUGGCUUCAAUCAGGAAUUAGUGGAGGAAGGCCUGCUUUUCUCCAAGUAUCAGCAACAGUCAUAUUUGGAUUAUGAAGUCUUUGAUGAUCGAAGUUUUGAUAUCCUUUCUCCAACACUCCUACCAUGUAUGGAGGAAAUAGCAAAGUUAGGUAAAAUCUCAGGUGGAAUUCAAGAUGCUUCAGAAUCAAAGAAGAAAAAUCAACAUGAUUUUUCAUAUGCCUCGUUGGAGCUGCUAAAGAAAUAUGACAUUGGGCGGUUAAGUGGUAGACAAAUAGUCCAGCCAAGAUGUGAUGCACAAUAUACAAAGUUCGCCAGCCAAGAAUUGUCGACAGAAGAGAUCAUCAGGAUAGCUGGAGCAAGGUUCAUCCAAUCCAGUUGCGAAGUGGUUGGUAUUCCCUCCAUGCUUAAGAACCCUAUUGGUCUUUCUUUCUCUGAGCUUUCUGAUGAGGCCGCCAAAAAUGUGGAGCUUGUUGAAUUCCUUCUUGCUUCUGCUGAGAAAGUUGGUCAUCAACAAUUUGAGCGUGCAAGCAGAUUGCUCAAGUAUUGUGAUAACUUUUCUUCGGGUACUGGAAACCCAGUUCAACGAGUGGUUCACUAUUUUUCUGAAGCUCUUCGGGAGAGGAUAAAUCUAGGAACUGGAAGAAUCUCAUCAAAAGGCUUCUGGAAGAAGCAGUCUUCUGAUCUUAAUCAGGAAAUGACAACUCUGAACGAAGCCAGCUUGGCAUGCCAUGAGAGAAUACCUUUCUUCCAAGUUGCACGCUUCACCGGUAUCCAGGCAAUUAUAGAUAAUGUGGCUGGGGCAAAGAGGAUUCACAUAAUUGAUCUUGAAAUCAGGUGUGGAGCACAAUGGCCAGUCCUAAUGCAAGCUUUAGUGUCUCGAUAUGAUUGCCCUCUUGAGCUUCUCAAGAUAAGUGCCAUUGGAACUUCUUCAAAACAAAUGAUUGAGGACACAGGUAAGAGGUUAGCCAGUUUUGCCGAGUCCAUGGACAUACCUUUCUCUUUCAAGGUGGUCAUGGUACCUGACAUGCUGGAUCUCAAAGAAGACCUCUUUGAGCUAGAUGCUGAGGAAGCAAUAGCUAUCUAUUCUGAGUAUUCAUUCAUGAGCCUGAUUUUUGUGCCAAAUCGUCUCGAGUCUAUAAUGAGGGUCCUCAGAAACAUCAUUCCACGCGUAAUGGUGGUCAUGGAAGUUGAGGCCAAUAAUAACUCACCUUCUUUUGUGAAGCGUUUCAUUGAAUCUCUCUUUUUCUACGGUUCAUAUUUUGACUGCUUUGAUGCUUGUAUGGGACGGGAUGAUCCAAACAGGGUGAUUACAGAAUUAAUAUUCUUUCAUCAAGGAAUAAGAAAUAUUGUGGCUAAAGAGGGAGAAGAAAGGAUAAUACGGCAUGUGAAGAUUGAUGUUUGGAGGUCAUUCUUUGCCCGUUUUGGAAUCAUAGAGACAGAACUUAGCACUUCAUCCCUGUACCAAGCAAGUCUGGUUCUUAAGAAAUUUGAUUGUGGGAGUUCUUGUACACUUGGUAUGAAUGAGAAAAGCCUGCUUAUAGGAUGGAAGGGUACGCCAAUGCAUUCUCUUUCUGUUUGGAAGUUCACUUGAAAAGGAAAGAAAGAGACAUCAUAUGUACAUCUCUUACACUGCCCCCACUCUAGUCUCCUCUGCAACUCAUGUAUUCAUUAAUUGGUUGACUUGUUUCUAGGUGCUAGUUUGGAUAGAAGACAACUUUUGAAGGUGUAUAAUGUAUGUGAUGAAGAUGAAGAUGAAAAAUGCCUCUGAUAGUUAUCUUAAGAAUGAAUCUGUAUCACAAUUCAUAUUAUGUUUCUUGUACUAAAGCUUAUGACACAUAUAGGAACAAAAUGCGAAGAUUUGAGAAAAAUGAUUUUCGUUCUUAGUCUUGAAGGUAUUGGUCAUAUUAAUGUUAGGAAUCACUUUUAAAAGCCAUUUCUGUUUCCAGCGAUUUUCAUACCUUCAUUUAUGUCCAAACUUGAGCAUCUUAAAGUCUGAACCACUCUUGUGAACUUAACUUUCUAAGGGUAUUUCUUUUGGUUUUCUUGUAUUUUCUGAGUUGUCCAGCUUCAAGUGUCAGCUUCUUUAUAUGAUCUCUCUCUCUCUCUGUUAUUUCAAAUGCCUAGUUAACUCUCUGAUAUCAUUUUUUUUAAUUAAAAAAAAUGAAGAUUUUACCACCUCUCAAUCGAGUUCCCGUUUUCACCAACAAAAUGCUUCAACGGAACUGACCAUGAAAGCUUGUCAAUUAUAUUCUUAUUUAUGCAGUGUUGAUCACAUUACAAUUUAAUUUAUUUUUAAGACUAUUCAGUAAUUGAGUUACUUAUAAAUUAAAGGCUGAUCAAUCCAAGAUUUCAACUCAACCAUUUGUGCUUUCCCCUUUCAUUAUUUAUAUUUUAAACUAGGACGUGAGCGCACUUCUCCAACACUUUUACCUGCGUAGUUUAAAAGAAAAAUAGUAAAGAUUUGGAAAAAUACUUCAAUUUCGUAGCUAGAUUGGAUAGCUUCAUUUUCAGUUUGGCAUUAACUAAUUUCGAACAGGCUUUCAUUAUAUUAAUAUUUCAUGCCAUAUACACAAAAUAUUUAAACAAUGAGCAUAUCAUCCUUAUACCAAGCAAAAGUGAUAGCUAAGAAAUUUGAUUGUGGGAAUUCUUGUACACCUGACAUGGAUGGGAACAGAAUGUGCUCAAAAUAACAAAAGAAAUCUGAAUCAUUUCAAUAGAGAAGCAAUAGGAAGGCAAUUGCAAGUCAUGUCGCUGAGUUUCUCGCCAUAGCUAGCCAUUGGAUUAGGUUCACUAAACUCAUCGUUGCAUGUCCCAUAAUCAGUUAUUGCAGCACUAAGCAUUGUAUUCACUUCCCAAUAUCAUUCUCAAGGACGGCAUC